CAUGUUUGUGCGCACCAGCCAGGAAUCUGACUUCGUCUUUGAACAUAUUUUAAAGAGAAAAAUAUGAAAAGCAGGGAAAGGGAUUCACCACCUCCAGUCAGCCACUUUCUAAAGAUCCGCAUGGAGUUUGGCAGAUGAACCGGGACGCUCUGAGGGGAAUACAGCGCGGCUGCCUCUGCAACUACGCCCGAAGCAUGGUUAUUUUGGAGGAAGGCUCUCAGGCGAGCUAAGUUUGCAGCUUUUGGACUCGAAGCGUUCCACUACAGCUGGGGUCUACCAGAGCCCCGAGCUCCAGAGGAAGCGCUUGUGGACGUUUUUAAAUCUGCCAUUUGAAUGAAAUAAUCAACUCUUUUUCCUGAGAGCAGCGAUAUCUGCGGGCCUGCGAUGACCUCCGGUAAAGACAUGAAGGCAGGGUCUGUGCUGCAGUCCGGCGGCGAGGAGCGGAGGCGGGCUCCGCUGGACCAGCUGCCGCCGCCGGCCAACUCCAACAAGCCGCUGACGCCGUUCAGCAUCGAGGAUAUCCUCAACAAGCCCUCCGUGAAGAAGUCGGUGGCCAGCAUCUGUCCGCCGCGGGUGCUGGAGAAAGUGACGGGCUCCGGCGCGGCGAGGAACGGGAUCAGCACUCCGUCCUCGCCGCUGUGCGCGCUGGAGGAGCUGGCCAGCAAAACGUUCAAGGGUCUGGAAGUCAGCGUCAUCCAGGCAGCAGAAGGUCGGGAGCACCUGAACGCCUUCGGUCAGCGGCAGACGUCGAAGAAGAGGAGAAAGUCGCGGACGGCCUUCACCAACCACCAGAUCUACGAGCUGGAGAAGCGCUUCCUGUACCAGAAGUACCUCUCUCCGGCCGACCGUGACCAAAUCGCGCAGCAGCUGGGACUCUCCAACGCGCAGGUCAUCACCUGGUUCCAGAACCGCAGGGCCAAGCUCAAGAGGGACCUGGAGGAGAUGAAGGCGGACGUGGAGUCGCUGAAGAAGAUCACGCCGCAGACCCUGCAGAAGCUCGUCAGCAUGGAGAGCAUCGAGGACGCGCAGGGUGGGGGCCCCGGGGCCCGGUCGCCCAGCGUCUCCCCGACCUCACAAGGACACCGAGCCUUCCCACAGUCCCCCUCCUCAUCCAGGGACCAAACCACGGAUGAGUUCUCGGAGGAUGAUGAGGAGAUUGAGGUGGACGAUUAACGGCCAGGAGGGACUGGGAUUUUCAUAAACAAGAAAAAUAAAAGAGGGACAUUUUUCUUCCCAAACUUUUGCACGGAUAUUGAUAAAAGGAGAAUAUACACAUAUAUGAACAUCCGGGAUAAUUUUCCUAUUUUUAUUUCUUCAUUUUAAUUUAUUAUUCGGACUAAUAACGAAUCGCUCCUUUUCGGUUUAGGUUUCCGCACAUUUUGGGGAAUAUCUGGUUUUCCUCCAGGCAGACUUUUCAGGCGUCAGUCGCGCUUUAGAGGUGAAGAAGAAAAAAAAAAACGCUGUGCAAUUAUUGUUCUGCGCGCCAUCAAACCACACUGUCCAGUUAAAAGUCUCGGACCUGCCAAACAUCUCCAAUUAGCCCCGUUUCUUUAUUAGAUUUGAUUUGAUGUGGCGCACACAGCUCUGUCCACGUUUUUCAGGAAGAUGUCUCUGCGAGCAUGCAGGCCUUCACGGAGGCGCAAACCGACACCGACUGCGCUCACUUUUUUCCCCCGCUCUGACUUCUGUAUAUAGAUCAAACAUCCUAUGCGAUAAUUUUAUUGUAACGUUAUAUUUAAUCAGCAUCUAUGUAAAUAAAGGUUAUAUUGUAUUUCAAGCAGCUUUCUGCGCUA